GCCAGUGUAUGCCCUAAUUUGGACCCGACGAUUAACCCUGGAAUUAGCGCCUGAAAGACCUCCUCUCCCCCUUCCCUAAUCUUCCCACAGCCGGCGGCGGCGGCGGCGUCUCUCUCUCUACGCGAAGGCGAUGGAUUCUGACGACGGGAAGCUCUUCAUUGGGGGUCUCUCGUGGGAUACCACGGAGGAAAGGCUCAGGGAGCACUUCAGCGACCAUGGCGAGGUCCUUGAUGCCGUCAUCAUGAGGGACAAGGCCACCGGCCGCCCCAGAGGUUUUGGGUUCGUCGUCUUUGCCGACCCCUCUAUACUCGAGCGUGUCCUCCAGGACAAGCACGUCAUUGAUGGCCGCACCGUGGAAGCCAAACGGGCGCUUUCGAGGGAAGAACAACAAACAUCUGCAAGAUCUGGAAAUCUGAAUUCUGGAAAUCUUAAUGCUGGUAGGUCAGCUGGAGCAAGUUCUGGCGCAAACAUAAGAACCAAGAAGAUAUUUGUUGGAGGCUUGCCUCCUACUCUAACAGAGGAUGGGUUUCGUCAAUACUUUGAGUCCUUCGGAACAGUGACGGAUGCAGUUGUGAUGUAUGAUCAAAACACUCAUCGACCUCGAGGCUUUGGGUUCAUCUCCUUCGAAUCAGAGGAUACUGUAGAUAAUGUUCUUCAGAAGACGUUUCAUGAUCUGAAUGGAAAGGCUGUCGAAGUUAAGCGUGCUCUUCCAAAAGAUGCAAAUUCAAAUACUGGCAGUGGCCGAUCCAUGGGAAGUGGAUCUCAUCAAUCUUAUGGUGGUUCUAGUGGUAAUGCUAGCUUGUAUGAUAGCAGGACUGAUUCUAAUAGGUACAUUCAACCUCAAGGAGCUGGUGGUGGGCUUCCACCAUAUGGUUCCUCUGGCUAUGGUGCGCCUAGUUAUGGAUAUGGAGCAGCAAAUAAUGGCGUUGGAUAUGCAGGCUAUGGUGUUGGGGGUUAUGGGACUGGUGCUACUGGGUAUACUGGACCUGCUGGUACCUAUGGAAAUCCUAAUGCUCCUAUGUCUGGUUAUGUAGGAGGCUCUCCAGGAGCUCAAAGAAAUCUCUGGAAUAAUCAGGUUCCUGGUUAUGGCUCUGCAGGAUAUGGUGGAACUGCAUCUUAUGGUCCAGCUCCUUCAUGGAAUGCUUCAACACCCAGUGGAGGAUCUGGUACAACACCGACAGGUCAAAGUGGUACUUCUGGGUACAUGGGCCAAGGUUAUGGGUAUGGUGGAUAUGGAGGGCCGGAAGGACCUUAUGGCAAUCAAGGUGGCUACGGCUCCUAUGGCACUCGUGGUAAUGGUGGUCCUAUUACUAAUUUUGCAGGCAAUGCAGGAGAACAAGGAGGUUCUGCUUACUCUGGUGGAGGUUAUACUAAUGCAAGCUCAGGUUAUCUCAAUUCUUGGAAGUCAGAACCUUCACAGGCUGGGUCAUACGGAUCUCCUCAGGUGAAUGGUCCUCCUGGUGGUCAAGCUAGUUAUGGAGGUGGUUAUGGUGGUCCUCAAGGCAGGCAAGUCCAGUAGCAGUGAAGGCAGGACCUUGGUUGGAAGCUCACCCUCUAGUGCUUAUCAGGAUAUAUCAUAUCUGGCAUUUAUGGAGAGCUAAAUUUAUCCUGGGUUGGACUGCUUGAUCUCAGUAGUUUAAAUGCUAUUCUCACUUGAUAUCAUCUCAGUAGUUAUCAUCUGAGUAGUUUAUCUAUCAUUCUCGUCUUCAUAGUAUAAAUCAGUAUUCUGAGGAGUAGUAGAUACCUGAUAGUAUCAUACUUAAAGCUUCUCCCUCUUUAAGUUUGGUGUGUUUCUGCAGCUAUACUUCAGGAAACUUUAAUUUGCUCUCUGCACCUUUAGUAAUAAUCAAUAGUCUAUGGACUUCUGUUUGGAUGUAGUUUAACUUUAGUAUGUAUUGUAUGACUAGUUUUACUUGAACUCUUGUAUUGUGGUUCUUUGAUGUGGGCAUUCUGGUGAAAAUUAGAUGCAAAUAUGUGAUAUUUGCUUUGCAUCCAGAUAAAGAUGUAGUGAUGUUACUUUAUCGAUGCAGCAUCUGUAGCUUUGGUGUAUGAUGUAGAGUAGAAGAUUAAUCGUUUA